CAAUCUUUUGCAUGAAUUAGUCAAACUUUUAUCUAAAUCAAUUGAAAUGAAGCUAAUUUAAGCCUUUAUUUGUUUUAGUUUGCAGAGAUGGAGUACACAGUAAGAGUACCAAAGUCACUCAAAAAGAAGUACAAUGUGAUGCGAUUUCACACAGCCUUGGGGGUUGACUUCAAGACAUGGAAUCACACCAAGAUGGAGAGAGAGAACAACAUGAAGGAGUUCAAGAGCUUGGAUGAUGAGAUGCCCAAGUAUGGGGCCGGGUCAGAGUUCGGCCGUGACCAAAGGGAAGAGGCAAGGCGAAAGAAAUACGGUAUCCACAUGAAGAAAUACCGACCUGAAGAUCAGCCGUGGAUCCUUCAUGUUGGUGGUAAAAAUGGGAAAAAAUAUAAAGGAAUCAGAGAAGGUGGUGUCUCAGAGAACUCCUCCUGGUAUGUGUUUAUGCAGGGUAAAGAUGGGGCCUUUGAAGCCUACCCUGUUGAAGAGUGGUAUAAGUUCAGUCUUGUCCCUAGGUACAAGGCCCUCAAUGCAGAGGAAGCAGAAAAGGAGUUUGAAAGGCGCGACAAAAUUAUGAAUUACUUCUCGGUGAUGUACCAGAAGAAACUUAAGAAAGAUGGAGGAGAGGAAGGAGAGGAAGGAGAAGAGGCCACAAAGAAGAAAGGAUCUUCAAGCAAGAACUUGAGACUCUCAGAAAUGGAUGAUUGGAUGUCUGAUGAUGAGUCAGGUAGCAAUGAAGAAAUUGAUGAAGAAGAACGUGAAAUGCAAAAGAAGAAGAAAAAGAAGGUUCAGUCCAAAGGCAGACACCAACAUGGGGGGAAGAAGAAAAAGAAUCCAGAUGGAGACAGUGAAGAAGAUUGCCUGGAGGAGAGUGAUGAAUACAACGAUGGGGCCGAGCAUGACUAUAUCUCAAGUGAUUCUUCAGACUCUGAAGCUGAGAAUGAUGAGGUUGUCACCAAGGAGCUAGCAGGAGUUGAUGAAGCAGAUGCCCUGAGGAAACUCCUAGGUUCUGAAGAUGAGGAAGAGGAAGAGAAGGAGAAGGAGAAAGAAGAGGAGGAUGAGGAGAAGAAGGAAGGGGAGGAGAAAGAGGAGAAGGAGAAGAAAAAGAAGAAGAAGAAGAAAAAGGAUAAGAAGAAAGAUCAAGCAGACUCCGAUGCCAAGACCUCCGACACCAGUGAUGAUGAAAAGAAGAAGAAAAAGAAAUACACAGCAGUAAUUCACAUCAAUUAUACCCUUAAUUAUACAAGGUCUGACAAGGACAAAAAUGAUGAAGAUGGGACUGGCAAGCGUAAAUUGGGGAAAUCAGGCGCAUCAGACAGCCUUGCCAAGAAGGCUCGAUCCGACAUCCCAACACCUGGAUCAUCCACUCCCCUGGUGGCCCCCGGCAGUGAUAGUGGCGUAACAGAGGAAGCUAUCAGACGAUACCUGAUGCGCAGACCCAUGACCACAACCGAACUCCUCCAGAAAUUCAAACUCAAGAAGAAGACAGGCCUGAGCUCUGACCAACUCGUCCAGGCCAUCGCCCAUAUCCUGAAGCGCAUCAAUCCCAUAAAACAGAUGGUGACGGGGAAAAUGUACCUGUCACUGAAGCAAUAGGCCUUAAUCUGAUAACAUUUUUUUUUUUUUCUUCAUUUUGCAGUUCAAUCUUUCUUUUUCUCCUCUGUGUGAUAAUGCUGGUUGUGUGAAGAAUGGAUGUGGAUAUUUCUUCAUAGUUUAAUUUAGAUCAAAUACAAGUGUUUCAUGCUGACUGUAUACUGCAUGAAAUUAGGCCAAAUGAACUCUAAAUAGAAUAAGUCUCAUAUUUCUUAUUUCAUGAUGUAGGGGUAUUGUUAUUGCCUCUUCUAUAUAUUUGUAUAAUUAUAUAUAUAUAUAUAUAGCUUGUCAGUAGUUAUGUUACCAUCCAUUACUGAGCAUGAUUGACAUAUUCCAUUCAUGAAUGAGCAGUGUAAAUGUGUUAUUUUAAAUAAAAAUAGUAUGUAUGUGUGAAAUGACAUUGUAUAAUAAGUAAUAAAAUGCUGACAAUGAAAGAGUAACACUUACCUCAUACAUAUUAUAACUAAUGUUUAAAUAAAAGAAAGAAAUUUUGUAGAAA